CAGAAAACGAUAGCAAUGCUAGGGAUAAUUUCAUCAGUCGAAUUAGGAACACGAAUAUCACUCAAAAUCCGCCAUUGAAUGUGCCGGCCAAUUCGGAUAUCAACAGACAACUGUACAUCGCAAUCGGCGCAAACACCUUGCCGUGCAACACCUCAGUGUCUUGCACCAAUUAGAUUUGCUGCAAGUUUGAACAAUGUCAGCUUUGUUUUCCCGCAAAUUGACAUUCUUGACGCAUACUACAACAUGAGCACCAGUGGUGUUUUCACCGAAGAUUUCCCCCUCAGUCCACCGGAAUUUUAUAAUUUCACCGGGGACUUGACUGGUUUAACCACGAUGUCUGAUACAGGGACGAAGGUUGUUAUGCUAAACUAUGGCGAUGCAGUUGAGAUUGUGCUGCAAGCAACCCAGAUUGGUUCCGGUGGAAGUCACCCGAUCCAUUAGCAUGUCUUUAGCUUU